AUGGGCCUGGCAAUCGGCGCGGUGUUGGCACUGGUGGCGGAAAGCUACCGCCUCGCCAUCUUCUCCGCCCUCUCCUACGUGAGCUCUCAGCUCCUGAUGGCUCUGCGCCCGGACGUGGUCCGCGCCUUGGCCAGCUGCCAGGAGGAUCUUCGCUUCAGCGCCUGGGCGCGAUGCAAGAACUCGGACUUCCAGAACAGAUUGCCGCCUGGAGGAUGUCGGCCCGCUUCUUGCCGGAUUCCUUGCAGGACCUGCGGCAGGCUUCCAGAAGAUGGCCAACGCAGAGCCCUGAGACUGGCAGAGGCCUACGUGUCUUGCUUUUGCGGCGCCUGCCAUUGGUACAUCCCCAAGGCCUGGCUCGAAAGCAACGCGCAGGUAUUCGCCUGCGUCCGUUUCUUCCGCGCGAGCACGGAGAGAUAUGCUGCGCAGUGGUCUCAGCAGUAUGCCUCUGCAAAUUCGCUCAGGACGAGCUGGGCCCGGGCCCCGAAUCGCCGGACGCGGGAUCUGGGAUCUGACUGGUCUCAGCUUGAAGAAGACGCGGGAGACACCUCCGGCGAAGAAUUGCUGCUGGUUUCAGCUGACAUGGCCCAAAGAAUGCCAGGUCAAGCGAUCCUGGACAACGCCAUGGAUGGCUUCAACAACACGCUCUUCGCCUAUGGCCAAACUGGCUCUGGGAAGACUCACUCGGUACUGGGCGCGGGCCCCAAACUUCCUCAGCCGGUGAGCGCCGGCGGGAGUAUGAUCCUCCAGAGAAUCGAGGACUUCUGCCGCCGCCCGGACGAAGCGCGCAUUCUGCAAGAUCUCUUCCGGCGCGUGGGCGAGCAGAAGAGCGAGGCGGUGGAGUUUCAGUGCCACGUGUCGUACCUGGAGAUUUAUAACGAGCAAAUCCGUGAUCUGCUCAUCCCCAUGACGGAGAAGCCUCCGAAACUAACAGUCCGGCAUCACCCUAAGCUGGGCAUUUAUGUGGCCGGCCUCACCACCAACGCCGCCGCUCGAGGAAAGAAAACGAAAAACGAGGUCACCAGCUACAGCGACGUGCAGAGCAUCCUGGACUUCGGCACCAAGGCCCGGAGCGUGGCGGCCACCAACAUGCAGCUCGGCGCGAAUGUGAACUCGGCGUCUUCGCGGUCGCACUGCAUCUUCAACUUCACCCUGCUGAAACGGGAAGGCUCCCACGAGCAGCGCGCCAGCUCCUGGCAAGAGUUCAAGCCAGCGGAGGCCAAAGGGACACCAGGCUCUGAACGGCAGAAGAAGACCGGGGCCUCGGGGAGUCAGCUGAAGGAGGGGGCCAUGAUCAACCAGCCGCCCGGAGGUCAACUCGUCCCGGGAGCGCCGGGAAGGUCCUUGUCCAACUUGGCGCUGGUGAUCAACAAGCUGGCGUCCUCCUCGGACGAGGGCAAGGCGGACUUCGUGCCCUUCAGGAACUCCAAGCUGACACACAUCCUGCCCCUUGGAUAUGCGAAGAUCGCGUCGGAUGGUAUCCUGCCCCUCAAGUUCGUUGAUCGCGCCUGA